CUCGAGUCCAUUAAAGCUUUCCUCUCCAAACAGGUCUCCCUCCUCCUAAUUCUAUUGAGCUAUUCCAUUUGGUCCGAUCUUCUUCCCCGCAUAUUGCUUUCCGCUAGUCCAUCGUCAACUAGAAUUGCCCAGAUGGCUUAUGAAUUGACUGAGCAAAAAAAGGUUGGGUUGGGUCUUCUUGGGUUUGGCAUCUUAUUCGCAUUUCUGGGUGUAGUGCUUUUCUUCGACAGAGGUUUGAUUGCUCUUGGGAAUAUAUUUUGGUUGACUGGAGUGGCCCUUUUACUUGGUUGGCGUUCUACAUUGAAUGUCUUCACUAGCAAAGCACACGUAAAGGGUUCUGCAUCUUUUCUGAUUGGUCUCUUUUUCCUUUUUGUUCGGUGGCCAAUACUUGGCAUAAUCUUGGAACUAUAUGGUUGUAUCGUUCUGUUCGGUGGUUUUUGGCCAACUAUAAAGGUGUUCCUUUGUGAAGUUCCAUUUUUGGGAUGGGUUAUACGAUAUAUGUUCUGAGGAAUAUCACUGUAGAAGUCAAGUCUGCCGCAUUUAUUCGUUAUAAAAAUUCGAUUUGUGCACUGUAAAGACCUUUGCCGUAGAAAGAAUGUCACUUUUUUUUGGGUGUGCGUGGUCGGGUAUAGGUUAUUGUGGAAAAUGCUGUGGCAAAAGAUGUAUUAUCAGAAUUGGCAUGGAAGAAGGUACGGUAGGGUUUUAAUAUCACAUGCUUUGCUUCUGAGGAGAAUAGGUUGGCAGUUAACUUAAAGAUGAAUUGUUAGGCAACUGGAUUGUGAAAGUGAAAAGGUUUAGUUAUUAGAAAGCUACGUUAUCUGUUCAAGGAAAAUAUAAGCUCUUGUGAUUUUUUAAUGGUUGAGCACUUGAGCAUGUAGAAGAAAUCCUUGCAUCAGCUUUAAUUGUAGUUGUUUCACUUACUUGAA